AGUGUUCAUUUUUUGACACCAGCUGACAGCUAGUGGUCGAUACCAUUUAUUUUAAGUAAUCGUAAUUCUGAUAAAUAAACUAGCAAAAUGGCCUGCAAAUUCUGUGGACCUAAGCUGUCGCUGUGCGGGCUCGUAUUGAGCGUCUGGGGAAUCAUUCAAUUGACUUUGAUGGGCGUCUUCUACUAUAUCAGAGCUGUAGCUUUGUUGGAAGAUCUCCCACUUGAGUCAGAAGGUGGUCAUCAUUCUAUCGAGAGUUUUAUCGCUACCGUCGAAGCUGGAUACACUCAGAAUGCUUACAACUGCUGGAUCGCUGCACUGCUAUACGUCAUCACCCUCGUUGUAUCCGGACAUCAGUUCUGGAUGAACAACCGUUCUUCAGUUAGUAUGUAAAAUGGUAUAAUCAACGUAAUAAUGGGUACUGAAGCUCUGGUACAAGUUGUUAUGUUACUGUUGAAUAACUCCAUUCCAUUUUUAAUUUAUUUAUAAAUAGCUCUUGAGUCAGAGUUCUAAAAUGUUUUGAUAUUGUUCCUCUCUAGUUCUAAAACCCUUCAUGUUACUGCCUAAAAAUAUUUUGUGGUAAUUCCAUCAUUGCUACAUUAUU